AUGGGUUCGUUAUUACACGCCAGAAUCAAAAAUUCAAUCAAAACAGUGGCCGCAAUCGCGAUGCCCGGCUCCAAAAAAGCCAUGGCUGUAAAGUCGGCUGGAAAAGUGAUGGCUUCCGUCUUUUGGGAUGCAGAUGGGAUCUUGAUGAUAGUUUACCUUCCUAAAGUGUAUUCAGCAAAAACGACCAGAUUUGGCGAAAAAAAAAUCAUCUUCCCGCAAGACAACGCCAGGGUUCACACAUGUGUUAAAGCUAUGGCAAAAAUCAACGAAUUGAAGUAUGAUUUGCUGUCCCACCCACCUUAUUCGCCUGAUAUAGCGCCAUCAGACUUCCACUUAUUCCCUAAGCUCAAAACUUUUUUGGGCGGACAGAAAUUUGCCACAAGUGAUGAAGUCAUAGGCGCUGUAGAGGAGUAUUUUGCAGGCCUCGAAAGAAAUCAUUUUAUGGAAGGCAUUACUGCUUUAGAACGAACAUGGAAUAAGUGCGUUCACGGAGACUAUGUCAAAAAAUAA